AUGGAAAAGUCCACUAACUCUUCAGCAUAUGAACUGACAUAUGAUUAUUACUAUGAUUACCUGGAUCCUGUGGCUGUGGAUGCAAGUAAACUUAAAUACAACAGAUAUUUGAUUGUCAUAAUAUUCUGGAUCACUAUGGCUGCCUUUAUUGGACUAUUGUUCUUGAUUUUGUCAAAUAUCUCAGGGACCAAGCAUCUCCCAAGGCAUCAGAGAAGCAGGAGAAAGCCAAGAAAAGAAAGAAGCUCUUCAUCUAAACCUGUGGUGUGA